AUGGCAAAACCUGAGCCCAUGGAGAUGAUCCACGAAACUUGUUUUAAACCGAGGACGCCGGUCAUGGUUGGACCGGCAGCUGAAAUCAUGAUGUUUACUGUCAAGCCGAAAAACAAGACUACUCAGGACCGUGACGUGCCCAUGGUUCAGCCAGGACGGUCCGCCUCCAUGAAAGCUGCCAUCACCAAAAAGACGAGCGUCCGGAUACGGAACUGGGUGAAGAGAUCCAACAGCAGCGGAGAGAUAGUUUCUAGAGGCCCAAACAGUUCGUGGCCAGAGAUCACGCAUCUUGGCGGUGGCCGUGUCAACGACGAGCAAAAUCCCAUCACUGAGCCGAGCCCUAUACCGCGAAGCCGAGCAGUCUCUGCGGACAGUAGGCGAACUCAGUGGCUCGACUUUUAUUCGCAAGAUGUGACAUGCUCGCGGCUGCCAUCAGCAAAUCCGCCACCGAGACAAGCAUCCUUGACGGGGAUACGUCCUCCUGACAGGGAUGCUGUCGACCUCCGUCCCCUUCCGCUUCGAGUUUCGUCACUAGAACGGAAAGGCGAGCCCUCCCCGAUGCUGACACGGAAAGGCUCCAUGUGGAAGGCGCUUCCAGUUCUCCCUUCUCAAAAGCAGAACGUGGACCUGUCCACUGAGUCUGCAGAUGUUGAAAAGCUGAUGGGAAAGAUCAUGCUGGACAGCCCCUCGCUGCCGACAGGGAGUAAUGACAAAACUGCUACCCAGGCGCUUGAUCCCAGAACCAUACUCCCAAAUACCGUCUAUACAGCCACCCCGGUGACAGGGCUAAGAACGCCGCCACCGACACCAGAUAGUGCAAGCGGCAGCACAGCAACGGCGAUUACCAUCACCAGACCGAUGGGCAGCGAUAGCACCGAGGAACUUCCGGCCCGAAAAUACUCGGUACAUCUCUCUCGCCCGAAAUACAGUCUCCAGGAGCGCAUGUGGCUCCAUCGAAACUACCGUGGCGAAGCACCCUUCCUCGCAGCAUGGGGACUGGAUAUUGCUUCUCAGCAGGAUCGAGAGGAAGGUGUGGGUAUAGUGAAGGAGUUGAUGCUGGAAGAGAGUAAGAGACCAGGGUAG